UGCAGCAACAUAAAUAGUAGUCUUGUGUCAGUUUUGCUCACACUGCUCACUUGAAACUGUAACUUCUGAACCAUGCUGCACUUUAGACUGAGCUCUGCGCUGGUGCUUGCAACAGCAUGCUUACUCAUGGCAUCAGUUGCUCUCACUGAAAGGGCUGUAACCUGUGAUGGCCAUGGUAAUAUCCAGCGUUUGAGCUGCGAUGAUGGUGUGAUCAGCGUGCAGUCAGCACUCUAUGGACGUGCAGACACUCAGCUCUGCAGUGAGGGCAGGCCUCCUCAGCAGCUUGCCAAUACUGGGUGCUCCCAAGAAGGCACUGAGGAUAUAAUCAAGCAGAGGUGUGAUGGAAAGACUGUAUGUGAGUUUAACACAGACGAUGUUAGCAGCUCCGAUCCAUGCGAGGGCAUCGCCAAGUAUGUGGAGACUAAUUACACCUGCCUGCCAGCAAUUCAAGUUGUUACAUGUGAACACUCCUAUGCACAUUUGCACUGCGAUGUUGGACAGGUCAUAUCUGUCUACGGGGCCGACUAUGGACGGCGGGACCAGACCACCUGCUCCUACAGACGACCUACCUCUCAAACUGAAAAUGUUUACUGCUAUAACCCCACAAGAAAAGUAGCUGAAAUCUGUAAUGGGAGAAACAGCUGUGCAAUCACCGCAAGCAACUCCGAUUUUGGAGACCCCUGUGUCGGCACGUUCAAGUACCUGGAGGUGGCUUACAGAUGUGACUACGACCUUCAGGUUUCCGUCCUGGUCGACGGUUCGGACCUGCUGGACGAUGAGGUGGCUGGAGGUCUCAGUGACGGUGGCUGGCUCUGGGGCUUCAUCAGCCUCUCCCCAGAGGACAGGCUGAUGGAGAUGCCCAACAUAGAGCAGAACUCUCUCCAGAAACGAGAGACAAAUUGGGGACCUCGAUCCGACACAAUAUUGGAGGGGAGCCCAUGUAAGCGGAACAUCUCCCUGGCCAAUAUCUCUCCCAUCUCCUUGGCUGAGGGGAGUUUCUUCAGGGGGAUGAGAUGGACCAUCUUAGAAAUCCUGUCAACAACAGUUAGAAUGACAAGCCAGGCCAACCUUCUCCGUCAUCAGAUACGACUGAUUGAGGUGGUGCCCAUCCAGGGCCAGAAUGUUCUGGAAUGCAGGGGCAGGAAAGAGUUUGAUGUUAUGUCUUUUGGCAAAAGAUUCAUCCAUAAACUCUGUGUCAGCUCCAGAGUCAAUGAACACAGAGACCUGAUGAGAGGCAGAGGACACCAAAAGACCAUGCUGCACUUUAGACUGAGCUCUGCGCUGGUGCUUGCAACAGCAUGCUUACUCAUGGCAUCAGUUGCUCUCACUGAAAGGGCUGUAACCUGUGAUGGCCAUGGUAAUAUCCAGCGUUUGAGCUGCGAUGAUGGUGUGAUCAGCGUGCAGUCAGCACUCUAUGGACGUGCAGACACUCAGCUCUGCAGUGAGGGCAGGCCUCCUCAGCAGCUUGCCAAUACUGGGUGCUCCCAAGAAGGCACUGAGGAUAUAAUCAAGCAGAGGUGUGAUGGAAAGACUGUAUGCGAGUUUAACCCACACGAUGUUAGCAGCUCCGAUCCAUGCGAGGGCAUCGCCAAGUAUGUGGAGACUAAUUACACCUGCCUGCCAGCAAUUCAAGUUGUUACAUGUGAACACUCCUAUGCACAUUUGCACUGCGAUGUUGGACAGGUCAUAUCUGUCUACGGGGCCGACUAUGGACGGCGGGACCAGACCACCUGCUCUUACAGACGACCUGCCUCUCAAACGGAAAAUGUUUACUGCUAUAACCCCACAAGAAAAGUAGCUGAAAUCUGUAAUGGGAGAAACAGCUGUGCAAUCACCGCAAGCAACUCCGAUUUUGGAGACCCCUGUGUCGGCACGUUCAAGUACCUGGAGGUGGCUUACAGAUGUGACUGUAAGUACAGCUGUGAUUGGUGUCUUUAUACCAAAAAGAUGCUGAUGUAAUGCUUUAGGUGCACC